AAUAUAAACUACUUAAAAUUCAGUCGAGUUCCUAACUCCCGAUUCGUGGAUUUCCUCUUCUCUUCUGUCUUUCUAUCUUUCUCUCUCUCUCCUGACAUGGAUUGAUCAUUAAAUAACAAAACCUUUCCUUCUCUCUCUAAGGAAAAAAAGAAACCCAACAAACAGACCUCUUUCUCCUUUUAGGGUUUCGAAUACAGAGUCGAAGUGACGAAACGACAACGAAGAACUCUCCGCGCCAUAAUUGUUAGGUUUUCAAGCUUACGCACUAUAAUACAAGAAGCCCUUUUUAACGGUCUGUUUGAUCGUGCACGUCUCAAAUUGCUUGUUAGAUAAAAGGAAUCAGCUUCUCUCUGCUGCUUCGCACACGCGAUGAUUCCUUCGAUUUCAUAGUAAAAAUGUAGCAAGUUAUAUAUGCUCUUUGAUUUGGAAACUAGUAGUUUAAGAGGGAGACUGAAAGAGAAUUAGAGUUUCAUGUUAGUAAAUGUUGAAUGGUUGUUACCAUGGACUUAAAUGUUUCACCAUUACCUGAAGAUGAGGAAGAGAACUUUGAAGAGCAUGUAGAGAAAUUCACUGCUCCUGCAGAACAUUUUGAAACUGCUGUUGAAACUGCUCGCCGGGAGCGUGAAGAAAGACGCAAGCGUUUGAGACAUGAACGUUCAGAUGAUAGACCUGUUCACGUAUCUCGACCGCCAGCCCAGGACCAAUACUUUCCAACUAAACAUUUCAAAACUUAUGAUAAAACUAAGCUCCCUCCUGGCUGGUUGGAUUGCCCUGCAUCUGGUCAGGAAAUCUUUGGUAUCAUUCCUUCCAAGGUUCCACUUGGUGAAGCCUACAAUGACUGUGUCCCUCCUGGAAAAAGAUACUCAUUUAAGCAAGUUAUUCAUCAACAAAGAGUACUAGGAAGAAAACUCGGUUUGGUGAUUGAUUUGACAAAUACUACACGUUACUAUACAACUACAGAUUUGAAAAAAGAGGGUAUUAAGCAUGUUAAGAUCCAAUGCAGAGGGCGAGAUUCUGUACCUGAUAAUGCAUCUGUAAAUAGCUUUGUGUAUGAGGUCACACAAUUUUUCACUCGUCAAAAAUCGAAGAAGUAUGUUCUUGUUCAUUGUACGCAUGGUCAUAAUCGCACGGGAUAUAUGGUUGUCCAUUACAUUAUGCGGACAAUGUCGAUGUCUGUCACACAGGCAAUAAAAUUAUUUGCUGAAGCACGCCCUCCAGGAAUCUAUAAACCCGACUAUAUUAAGACCUUAUAUGAAUUUUAUCAUGAAACUAAACCAGAAAUGGUUGUUUGCCCACCAACUCCAGAAUGGAAGAGGUCUUCUGAUCUGGAUCUUAAUGGUGAAGCAGUACCAGAUGAUGAUGAUGAUGGAGGUUCAGCUGCUCCUUUGCAUGAUAAUCACGAGACAGAUGCCGUAAUGACAAAUGAUGAUGUUCUGGGUGAUGAAGUUCCUAAUGAUCAGCUUGAUGCUCUACGAAUGUCCUGCUACCAAUUGCUUAAGCUGAACUUUCCAGUAAGAGCAAACCCGCAAUUUCCAGGGUCGCAUCCAGUAUCCCUCAGCAGGGAUAAUCUACAGCUAUUAAGGCAGCGGUAUUAUUAUGCAACGUGGAAAGCUGAUGGGACCCGAUACUUGAUGCUAAUUAUGAUGGAUGGCUGUUAUUUAAUAGAUAGGAGUUUUAAUUUUCGAAGGCUCCAGAUGAGGUUUCCUUGCAGAAGCACAGGCGAAGGUUUAGCUGAUAAGACGCACCACUGCACGUUACUUGACGGGGAAAUGAUUAUAGAUACCAUGCCAGACUCACAGAAGCAGGAGAGAAGAUACCUCAUCUAUGAUGUGAUGGCAAUUAACCACGUUUCUGUUAUAGAGAGGCCUUUUUAUGAACGAUGGAAGAUGCUUGAAAAAGAAGUGAUUGAACCUCGAAACUAUGAACGACACAAUAUUUACCAGAGCAAGAAUCCUUAUUACAGAUAUGACUUGGAACCAUUCAGGGUCAGGAGAAAGGAUUUCUGGUUGCUUUCCACUGUUACCAAGCUUUUGAAGGAAUUCAUUCCAAAGCUUUCACAUGAUGCAGAUGGUCUUAUUUUUCAGGGAUGGGAUGAUCCCUAUGUUCCUCGCACCCAUGAAGGGCUCCUGAAGUGGAAAUAUCCGGAAAUGAAUUCAGUGGAUUUUCUAUUUGAGGUGGAUGCUGAUGAUCGUCAGUUAAUGUAUCUGCAUGAGCGAGGGAAAAAGAAGCUGAUGGAUGGGAACACGGUUGUAUUCAGAGAUGGUUCAGAUCCUUCUUCGUACUCUGGAAAAAUCGUUGAAUGUUCUUGGGAUUCAGAAGAACAAGUAUGGGUUUGUAUGCGGAUCCGGACAGAUAAGUCUACACCAAACGAGUUUAAUACCUUCAGGAAGGUGAUGCGAAGUAUCAGGGACAACAUAACUGAGGACAUCUUGUUGAACGAGAUUUAUGAGAUUAUUCGCCUGCCCAUGUAUGCUGAUAGGAUAAGAAAUGAGAGUAAAGCUCAUCAACAUACAGCUUCUGUGCGGCGCAGGUGAUGCACCACCAUUAUGGAGGGUUUUUCUUCUUGUUUUUUCUUUCUUGGGCUUAAUGAUGGCCACUGAUUGAAAUGGCUAUCAGAUCUAGUGAUGGCUCAAGUAUGCUGGUUUUUGGUGGUCUACUUGGCUGAGGUUGGGUGAGCGUGUUAUUUAGAGGGUCACUGGGAUGCUAUGUAAUUAGUUGCAGCUUUUUCAUUAUAACCUCAUAGUGUGUACUGUGCUGGUGAGUUCUAUGAUCCGGUUGGUACACUGGAAUAGUUUUCUACAUCAGUCGCGAAAUUAUGUCUAAAUGAUAGUUGUCCAGGUGAAGAGGAUUAGGAAUAGGAUCACCAUGUAUAUUAUUAUUCCCCCCCCCCCCCCCCCCCUCUAUGUAGUGAUUUCAUAAGUUCCUUUCAAAGUUAGCCAUUUUUUUAGAAUUGGAGCCUAGUGUUUGGAACAUGGUUUUCUUGUUUUUCCGUCCAUUUUACUUGCUUUUCAAUGUGAAUAUCAUUUUUGGAAAUUGUCAUUUGGUUCGUGUA